AUGUUUUCGGAACGGCGACAGUCCAGUUGUUGCUUACGUCGUAGUCGGUUGCAUUUCGAUGCUGACUCGAUCCUAGUCUCGUUGUCGACAUCUUUUGAUUCGCCUAGUGUCUCGUGUGUCUCGCUGGGAACCCAAGUCAAAAUGUCCAAAAUCGUCGAAUGCGUACCAAACUUUUCUGAAGGUCGUGACCCGCAGAUUAUCGAAGCCAUAUCGUCUGCUAUUCGAGCCACAGCCAACGUCACACUACUCGACGUCGAUCCGGGCACUUCAACAAACCGCACCGUUUAUACGUUUGUCGGUUCGCCAUCUGAUGUGGUCGAAGCGGCUUUGGCUGCUAGUCGUGUCGCUUAUCAACUCAUCGACAUGGCUCGCCACAAAGGUGAACAUCCACGUAUGGGAGCACUCGACGUCUGUCCUUUCAUCCCCGUUCAGGGCGUCGAUGUAGACGAUUGUAUUCAAUGCGCCAAAGAAUUUGGACGUCGACUGGCCGAUGAACUCUCACUGCCCGUCUACCUGUACGGAAUGGCUGCGGAAAAGGGGGCCCAUCGCAUCACCUUACCGCAAAUCAGGGCCGGUGAAUACGAAGCCAUCAAAGACAAGAUCAACAAGGAAGAAUGGAAGCCGGAUUUCGGUCCGUCUGAAUUCGUGCCGCGAUGGGGCGCCACGGCCACGGGCGUCCGGAAAUUUCUCAUCGCCUUCAACGUCAACGUUUUGGGGACGAAGGAGCAGGCGCAUCGGAUCGCUUUGAAUCUGCGGGAACAAGGAAGAGGCGCUAAUGAGCCGGGCCGACUCAAGGCCGUCCAGGGCAUCGGCUGGUGGCUGGACGAGGCUCAGAUCGCUCAAAUCUCGCUCAACUUGACGGAUCACGAUGUGACGCCCAUCCACACGGCCUACGAGGAGGCACGCAAGGACGCCCAGCAGCUGAACGUGGCCAUCACCGGAUCGGAGAUUGUCGGGCUCGUACCCCUCAAGGCCAUCUUGCAAGCGGCCGACUACUACAUCGGAAAAGAGAAAUUGAUGCUGUUGGAAGAAGAGCAAAAGGUUCGAUUGGCCAUUGACCGGCUCGGCCUGGGGGCACUCCAUCCCUUCCACCCAAAGGAGAGGAUUAUCGAAUAUCGUCUGAAUGUCACCAAUGUCGGUCCUCUUGCCCGUCUCUCUGUCGAGAAAUUCAUUUUGAGCGUCGGAGCCAGGACUUCUGCUCCCGGCGGAGGCUCCGUCGCGGCGCUUCUCGCUGCAUUAGGUUGCGGCUUGUCUACGAUGGUGGGCCAAAUGACUUAUGGCAAACGGCAAUUUGAAAUUGUCGAUUCAACCAUUCGUCGUUUAUUGCCGACGUUGCACGACGCCAUGAUUAACUCGAUCCCAAUGAUCGACGCCGAUACGGACGCUUUCAACGACUACAUGAUGGCAAUGAAACUGUCAACGGAUGGACGGGAAGCGGCCAUGGAAGCUGGAUUGCGCCAAGCCAUAGACGUUCCUCUUCAUUUAGCCAAACAUGUCGACGGUGUCUGGCAAACGCUCGUUGAAAUGGCAGCCGUUGGCAACAUCAAUUGCAAGUCUGAUUUACAGGUGGCAGCGCGUUGCUUGAAAACUGCCGUCCAAUCGGCCAGAGACAACGUCAUCAUUAACUUGUCAAACGCCCAUUUAAAGGACGAAACGUACAAGACGGAAACACGUCAAGCGAUCGAUCGAAUUGCUGAAACGGCCCGCGCUCAAUGUCGACAGGUGUUGGACAUUUUGGACGAGAGGACCCAAUAAAUGUAUUAUGUCUGUAUGUAUUAACUCAUCAAAACAGUAUGGGGUAGAAGUUGUCUAGUGUAUGGGAUCAACAUGUCGACACGCAAUACAAAAUCAUUGUCGAAUUA